CCAUUCUUCGCGCAACAGUCGGUCUGUGAGGCGGUUGUGAUUUUUCUGUGCGAUUCAGAUAAAUUUCCGUUUCGGCGAAAAGUGCGAAGAGAGAUGAUUUUUUGAUUUUUUUGUGAUUUAAUUCCUGUUUCACCGAGUUGUAAUGUUUAACUUUUGUUCUGAAGUGUUUGGUUAGCUUAUCGGAAGUUGUGACAUCGAUUAUCAGUUACUGUUUAUUGUGUUUUUGAGGGAAUCUCUCAUUACCUGAUAAUGGAUAAUGAUUCCGGAGGAUCCGGCUUCUGGCACCAUAAUACUGCCCCAUGGGAAAACAACGAGCCAUCAUCUCCGGUCUCCGAUUCCUCCAGUGGGAAGUGGUUCCCCAAGACAGUUCAAUCCGUUGAACUGUUGAUCGAAACGGAAAAAAGCUCUACUGAUGAAGAUGUCACACCGAUGCAAACAAACAAUAACGAUGAGUCACCGGACUUGCCGAUAUUACCGGCGGAUUGCAUUAUGACAUCGAAGAUCGACAGUCCUCCAGCAUGCCGGGAAAAGAUUCGGUCUGACCAGAUCGUUCCAAAAUCUCCAGACAUCGAACACAUCCAAACGCGGAUGUUCAAUCAGCAAACCGCCAAUGAAGGAAGAGCGGAGAAAAAUCGAAACAACAGAAGUCUCGCGUACGCGAAAGCUAGAGCAGAAUUAAAAAAGAAACCUCCAAAGAAGUGUAGAACACGAAAUGGAAAAACGAACAAGCCGAAAAAAGCUCAUUUGAAGAAAUACGAUAAAGUUGAUAUAGUUUUGGAUGUUAAACGAAUUACUACACUGAUCCGAUUCGUGUCUGAGCAGAAUCAAAGCUCAUCCGAGUGUGAACUUCGAAGAACAUGCCCUUUGUGUACUACUUCAAUUCUGGAGAGUGCCAUCAGGGAACACUUCGUAAAUUGCCAUGGAGCGAAGUUUUCACUAGAACCGCUACUAACCGCCGACAUACGAAACCAUGUCAUUUCACGAGAAGUCCUUCAGGUAAAACUCAAACAGGACCCGCACCGAAAUGGGUCCUAUUUCCUACUGACAGUCACAAAUAUCGCCGCCGUAACAAUCCUGCUCAAAUCCAUCUACGUUUUCGAUGGUAUCGGAACGCUGAGUCCAAUCUUCAGCGCGGAAGGGGUUUUGCGAAUGAAGCCCGGUUUCUUUUACGAGGACGAACUCCAGCUGCAAGUGAGCGACGAAUGCGUCCAAUCGCUGCUGGUGACGGUGAACCCAAUCGAUGAGCUUCGUGCAACGUACGACGUCGUUGAGCAGUAUCACAUCAAAAAAGUGUGUACCAAGUGCACUCGGAUUGCUGGGACACCGCUAAAAUUGGCAAAUCUUCCCCACUAUCGGAUUCCAACUUCGAUCCGUACCUUACAUGAGAACAAUUACAAACUUCAAAAUGCUGCCUAUGGACCCGCAGAAUAUGACGUAUUGCGUCGUUUGAAUGAAGCCAAGAAUCCAUCGUCACUCAACAGGGACAACUAUGCUAAGCAACUUAAUAUGCUAAACCGUAUCGAAGUCGAACACUUGAGGUGUGAAUAUAAUAGCUACUCGAUUGAAAGACCGAAGCUACAGCGGAUAAAGAAAGUUAAGAAACGAAAGGAUGGCCCUCAUGAUGUGCAGAUUUUGUAUGUUCUCUCGAUGAAUCAGUUCGAAAACCGUCCAAUGUUGAUCAGCGAAGAUCAAAUCGUUGAAGUAGACGUCAUGAACGAUGACAAGCUCACGCAAUAUACGGGCACAGUAGAGUGUGUGGAGCCGUCUGGAAUCUUGUUUUUGCUAGACGAUACGUUACCUAUCGAAAACGUUAUAAGAAUCAGGUUUUCACCCAACAAUUCAACGUUUCAACUUGAACAACAGGCACUUGAUCGUUUGGCUGAGUGCCAGAAGGAGAAAAUACUGUUUCCAACCAGAGGCGAUUCUGCGCAGCGAGACACAAUGGAUGAGAUCACAUCGUUCCAGUGGAUCAACAUUGGCAUUUCGACCAACGAGGAGCAGAUGGUGGCCGUUCGGAACAUAGUCAACCGCACGUCCUUCCCUGCUCCGUAUGUGCUUUUUGGCCCGCCGGGAACCGGAAAAUCUUCCACGCUUGUGGAAGUCAUCGGUCAAAUAUACAAGCUGCACCCGGAAGCAAACAUGCUAGUGGUGGCACCGUCAAACUUCGCUGCCAACGAAAUAACCAGUCGUAUACUGAACGUCGUUCCCGAGAAGCACGUUUUCCGAUACUUUUCUCGGAGUAGUAUCCGCACAGUGAACGAUAUCGACGAGAACAUACUGCAGAUCUCCAACAUGGCCGACAAGAAGUACGAUUUACCAUACUACCAGGAUAUCUACUUGGCUCGGAUUGUGGUGACCACUUUGGCCACUGCGGGUCGUUUGGUCCAGGCCAACAUUAGGGCAAAACAUUUCCGUUACGUGAUUGUUGAUGAAUGUGGCAGCGCCAAGGAAAUAUCAUCUUUGGUGCCCAUUGGAGGGCUCGCCACUUGUGGCGAUGAAAUUCACGCCAGUAUUGUGCUUGCCGGGGAUCCUAAGCAGUUGGGUCCUGUAAUCCAGCAUAACUAUUUGAAGCAGACCAACCAUAACGUGUCCCUACUGGAACGUAUCAUGAAGCUGGAUUUAUACGAGAUGAAUCGAACCACUAAGGAAUACAACAACCGGUAUAUAACGCAGCUUCGUGAUAACUUUCGAUCUCACUCUAUGUUGCUGAAUUUCCCGAACAAAACAUUUUACGCUGGUCAACUACGUGCAAAAGCCUCUCCAGAACUGACCAACUGGGCCUUGGGAUGGCAUCGUCUGCCGAAUCCAAAAUGUCCCCUCAUCUUUCACUCCAUUUUCGGAAACAUGCAACAACAUGAAAACAGUACCAGUUUGUUCAACGUCGUAGAAGGUGAGCUCGUUCUUUGUUAUCUAACUGACAUUUUGCAUCACGGAAUCAACGGACGCCAGGUACGGCAAUGCGAUAUCGGUCUAAUUUCGCCGUACGCUUCCCAGAUAUUGCACUUGAGAACACUGUGUAUAGCCCGCGGGUGGGAAGACAUUGAGAUUGGAUCGGCCGAGCAGUACCAGGGGCGUGAAAAGGCAAUCAUUAUCAUGUCCACCGUGCGAUCGCGCAGCAAACAUCUUGGAUUCUUAACAAACGCCAAGCGCCUGAACGUUACGAUUACCCGAGCCAGAGCUUUAAUGAUCAUCAUUGGGGAUGGCUACACAUUGCAAAACGAUGCCAAUUGGAAGGCACUCGUCAAUUACUGCCGACAACAAAAAGCAUUCGUGUAUGGAAGGACUCCGAUAUUCGAAAACGAAAAGAAGUCAGAGAAAGCAGGCCAUGGAAAGUCUCUCCUAAGUUCAGCGACACCGAAUCUCGCUCACGUCAAGGACGACUUGAUUGUGCUCACCGAUAAAAGUGACGAAACUCCGGCCAAUACUGUUGCUUCAAAAAUCACUCCGAAAGCAGAAAUAAAUCCGAAGCCGAAUAGAGAAAUACCUGGAAAGGAUAAGAAACAGUGGCAGGCGCGCCGAAUUAGUACCCGAGUCCGAACAUAACCAUCACGAAAAGGGAGAAGUGUAUCCUGGAGAAUUUCCAGAAUGCCGCUGCAGCUAGGAAGACUCCCGAAUCGUAGUCCCGCUUGGACUGCACCCAUACCAUCUCAACGUGUAGUGGACAUCGAAAGAAACUAUCCUAAAUGAUUUUAAUGUUUGAAAGAAAAUUCAUUGUGGGGCGUGUAUGCUAUAUGAUCCUGUAUUACGGUAAGUGAUACGUGUGAUUUUUGUUUGACCAGUCCUCAAUAAAUGCCAUUGAUUAAUGUAA